AUGAAUAUCAUAUCCAUUAUUCUGUUGUUAUGGCGCAUAAUAAUACUAAGUUGUUGCUAUGGAGCUGCAACAACUAGUACAGCAUCACCGCCUAUAGCAAAGCCUAAUUGCACAACGCAUUGUGGAGAUGUUGCCAUCCCAUACCCUUUCGGGAUUGGACCUCACAAAGAUUGUUACUUAGAUGGAUGGUUUCAAAUAGACUGCAGGCACAACAACUCUACAACCUCAGCUAAUUACAGCAGGCAAGUGCCUUUCCUCAAGAGCGUCGACCUGGAGCUGCUAAGUAUUGUUCUGUUUGAAUAUGGCAGGCAAUUGGUUUGGGUAAAGAACCCUAUUACUUUCUUCAACUGCGAGGGAAAGGAAACUCACCAACCCCAGAAUUUGACUGGCAGUCCUUUCAUGUACUCUCAGACAGGCAACAGAUUCAUUGCAGUGAGUUGUGGCCUCUAUGCCACUGUGACCUCAGAUCAUGGGACUAUCGCUGGUUGCCGGUCGAUUUGUCAAAACACUACAGGGGGCGACUUUGGCAACUGCUAUGAAGGUAAUGGCUGUUGCCAAGAUACUCUUGGAACAAAUGCACUCUCCGGCAGUUUAACUAUUGAGAUAUCAUCAAAUUCUAAAAUGUCAGAUCCAAUGGGCGAUUGCAAGUACGCAUUUUUGGUUGACGAAGAUUGGUUUGUGAAAAACUUUAAGAAUUUUCAAGACCUGAAGGAUAUGGGCAGCGUUCCUGUGGUGCUAGACUGGAUGUUAAACGUACAUGACUAUGGUGAAAGAUUCAGAGAAAAACCAAACCUGACUGUUAACCAAUCAACACCCAUUUGCACCCGCAGUACUAGUGAUUUGACUUCUGAGCCCAUUUUGAUUUGCGACUGUCCGCGGGGCACGGAAGGAAAUCCUUAUCUUCUCCAACCUUGUCAAGAUAUUGAUGAAUGCAAAGGCAUAAAUGAGUGUGGAGGCGAUGUAUGUGAGAAUUUUGUUGGGGGUUAUAGCUGCUACUCAAAUAUAACUGGCAGUGGAUGUGUUGGCUCCAGUGUUGGGCUAUUGCUAAUACUCAUUGGUGCACAGCAGGUACACAAAAUCGUGAAGAAAAGGAAAAUCACUGCAUGCAAGAAAAUGUUUUUCAAACGAAAUGGUGGUUUAUUGUUAGAGCAACAGUUAUCGUCAGGCGAAGUUAACGUUGACAAAAUCAAGUUAUUCAAUUCAAAAGAAUUAGAAAAGGCCACCAACAAUUUUAGCAUUGAUAGAAUUCUUGGUCAGGGAGGUCAAGGUACCGUUUACAAAGGCAUGUUGGAGGAUGGAAGAAUUGUUGCGGUAAAGAAGUCCAAAAAGGUGGACAAAAGCAUGCUUUCGGGAUUCAUCAAUGAGGUUGUAAUUCUUUCACAAAUCAACCACAGAAAUGUGGUUCAAAUUAUGGGUUGUUGUUUAGAGACCGAAGUUCCACUUUUGGUCUACGAAUUCAUACCGAAUGGAACUCUUUCUCAAUAUAUCCAAGAGCAGAUUGAGGAAUUCCCACUCACAUGGGACAUACGGUUACAAAUUGCCACAGAAAUUGCGGGUGCUCUUUCAUACUUACACAGUGCAGCUUCCUUUCCCAUUUAUCACAGAGACAUCAAGUCUGCCAACAUACUUUUGGAUGAAAAAUACAGAGCAAAAAUUGCAGAUUUUGGAACUUCAAGAUCAAUUUCCAUUGACCAAACUCAUCUAACCACAUGUGUACAUGGAACAUUUGGUUACUUGGACCCAGAGUACUUUCAGUCAAGCCAAUUUACGGAGAAAAGUGAUGUCUAUAGCUUUGGAGUGGUCCUUGUUGAGCUCUUAACGGGGCAAAAACCAAUUUCUGCAGUAACAGGGUCACAAGAAGAAGAAUACAGAAGCCUUGCCACAUAUUUCAUUACCUCGAUGCAAGAAGAUCGUCUUUUUAACGUUGUUGAUGCUCAAGUUCUGAAGGAGGGCUCUGAAACAGAAAUCCAACUAGUCGCUAACCUUGCAAGGAGAUGCUUGAAUAUGAACGGAAGAAACCGUCCUACAAUGAGAGAGGUUACAUCAGAGCUAGAGGCUGUACUAAUGUCAAGAAAAUCUUUGAUUAGUGCUCAGCAAAAUUCUGACGGGAUUGAUUUUGUGGAAGAUGAUUCAGUCGGGAAUUGGGAUGUUGAAUCACUUUCAGAAGUGUCGGCUAGGGACUAA